CAAGGCGAGGGCAUACAUGUCGUUGUCACCUCGUACGUGUUCGCUUGGUCAACCACAAUCCCAAGCAUCAGGAGAAAAGUUUCCAAGAAAAGCAGCACACACACUCCUACCAAUACUGCAGCAACAGCAGAUGAUGCAUAUAUAGAUACAUAGAUAGUUUGAUAGUUAGAUGAUAGACCAUGGUGAUUGGAAGUAUCGUUUGGCCCUGCUUGGUCUUUACGGCUUUUUGAUCGAACUGAAACCGAGUGAAGCGUACCUGAAUCCUUACUUGGUUCAUGACAAGGGCUUUAGCAACAGUCAAUUGAACAAUUCCAUUUAUCCCUUUUCGACGUAUGGACAACUCUUGUUCAUCCUGUUGGUCCCUGCCACUUCUCAACUCAUCACACCCAAGCGCAUGUUCUACAUCGAGUCGUGUGGCUUUUUGUUUACGAGAUGGAUUCUGAUACGAGGCACAUCACUCUGGAGUAUGCAAGCCAUGCAACUGACAUAUGCCGUGGGGAAAUCGGUCAAGGCAGUCUAUUUGUGUUAUAUGUACCUGUUGGUGGAAAAAUGUCACUAUCAUCAAGCCACGGGAUUCGUGUGGGGAGCGCAAGCCUUGGGAAUGAGUAUGGCUGGAUUGAUUGGACAAGUACUGUUUUCUUACUGCCACUGGUCCUUGCUGGCAUUGAACUAUUUUUCCAUGGUCAGUGUCUGCUGUGCCUUUGUCGUCUCGGUCUUUAUUCCAAGUCAACAGCAAUCGCAACAACUGCAACAGCAGCAGCCAUUAGAACACAAAGAACAGUCACAAGAUGAAAUCACUCUCUUGUCCACAGAAUUGUCACAAAAAUCAUCCACAAACACCGAAGACGAUGAGGGGCAAGACGUCCAGUGCUAUCAGGCAGUAUCACCAGUAUCGAUAGAGCAGCCAUGCCAAGUCAACAAUAAGCAACCAGAAGCAGCAGAAGGCUGCUGCUGGGCGAAAAUCUGGGCGGAAUACCGCACCGUCUUGGAACUGUUUCGCGAUCAUCGGGGUCCAUGGGCUACUACCUGGAUUUUGGCACGGUGCUGUGAAGAGCUCAUGCAAAACUACGCGCAAGUCCUCUGGACCCAACGAGCCAUCAACAACAAUCACCACAGCAGCAGCAGUUAUUCCCUUUACGGAACCAUCUGCGCGGCAUACAUGGGCGCGGGAGUCGCGGCAUCCUUGCUACCCGUAUAUUAUAAUCUGAAACAACAACAACAACGAACGUGGAUGAUUCAAACUGUUUCGGUGGUGGGGUUGUGUACGACCAUGAUCCUCAUGACAUGGAUUGAGCGUUUAUCGGUCGCGUAUGUCACAUAUGUGCUCUACGGAGCCUGUUACUAUGCGUUCAUGACGUGCACGUCUUGUCAAUUGGCAUCCCACUCUUCCGUCAAGGAACAAGUCCUACUCUAUGCUGCCAAUUUGUUUUGUGCGUCGGCUUUGGCGACCAUGGUUACCGCAGUCUUGUCGAGUAUGAACGCAACUACUCAAACAUGGUUCUGGACCAUAACAGCCUUGCAACUUGUGCUCUUGCCACUGUUUCUACUGUCUUCGAGUACGAGUAGAUAGAGAUGAUAACUAGAAACAACAUACAAUGCUGUCUGGA